AUGGGUGAAGUUGUCGAGGAAGUGCAGUUAGAGAGCUCGUCUAUUCGACAGAAAGGUGAAUUAAGAAGAUCUGCUAUGGGUAUUAUAGAAAGAGCUAGAAUCAGAACGUUGAAGAUGACUCUUGUGAUAGUUGGUGUUUUUGUGUUAUGUUGGACGCCAUAUUUUGUGUUUUCUGCAUGGUGGUGGUUUGACAAACGUUCACCUCGUUUGCUUCACUUUCACUAUGGCUUUGGUAGCCCUCUAGCGUUCCCCAGGGAAUCAGCAGCUAAAACGGACCCUAAAUUACGGCGUGGUCUAUUUCUAUUCGCUGUUUCCAAUUCCUGUAUGGAUCCAAUCGUUUAUGAGUUUCAAGAAAGACGAGUCGUCAUUGUAACUUUCAAACGUGGAUUUAAAGGCUCAAAUUUGGACGGUAUGUUUACCAUAAAUUUCAAACGAGAAUUCCAAAGAUGUUGUCAAUGUGUCAACAAAGAUACAGAAUUAACGGAUCGGAUCGUGAAUCGUGGUGGUUCUCCGGCUCCUAUUUCAAGACCCAACUCGGAACAAUCUGGAUCAUCUUAUAAAAAUUCGGAACGAGUAUAUUAUCGUAGUUCGGAAAGUCAUUCCAGUGUACCAAAGCGGAAUAUGAGAUAA